GUUCGAAAGUCUAUUCCUCCUUCACUCAAUCGAAACCAAAAACGCCAUUUCCGUUUCUAAUUUUCUUCACACAAACAGAGAGAGAGAAAGAGAGAGAGAGAGAUUACGUUUUCCAAUAUUCCUUACCAUCAUUCAUCAUGAAGAGAGAGAGAGAUCUCGAGAGCAUAACAACCAUGGCGAACUGCUUGAUGUUACUUUCUCGUAACACUGCGGCAGAUCAUUUCGAAUCCUCGUCUACUAAUUCAUCUUCUCCGAAUCGUGUUUUUGAGUGCAAGACUUGCAAUCGGCAGUUUUCGUCGUUUCAGGCGCUUGGAGGACAUCGUGCUAGUCACAAGAAGCCGCGGAUUGUUGGAGGAGAUGGCGGAAACUCCGAUGGAUCUUCAUCGCAAGGUUCUCCGACUAAGCCGAAGACGCACGAGUGUAGUAUUUGUGGAUUAGAGUUUGCGAUUGGUCAAGCGCUUGGAGGACAUAUGAGAAGACAUAGAGCAACAACGCUGUUGAACGAUGCUCGAUUACUUACUAAUCAUCCUAGAAGAUCAUUAUCUCCUCCUCCGCCGAAACCGCCUGUGGUGAAGAAGAGCAACGGCGGUGGGAGAAUUCUGUGUUUGGAUCUGAAUUUGACUCCGUCUGAGAAUGAUAGUAGGUUUCUGCAGCUUGGAAAGAGUGUUUCCAUGGUUGAUUGUUUCUUUUGAUCCAUUCUAGAGUACAUAUUCAAACAGAUCUCGAAACAGGAUGAAUAUGAGUUUUUGUUUUCCUUUUCUCUUUUUUGAUACUGUAAUCUUCAUCUCUUUGUUCGUUUACAAUAUAUAUGAUAUACAGUAUAUAUGAUUUUCAUAUAGUUCAA